CCUGCUCCUACUGUCAUCUUCCUACCAACAAAAUGAAAUCAUAAAAAUAGUUGCAGGCAGAGUAGGUAAAGAGAAAACUUCAAGAUGGGUGCGUCAUGUUCUGACCCUGCAGGGGCUACAUCCUCGACACAGAUGACCUCCACCUACUCAUCCUCCUCAUCUCCUGGCUACUUUGAUUUCUUCUUGGACUACCACAAUAAAUCUGUAAUUUGUCAGCAUUACAACUACACUCACAAGCUCAAUAACCGUGACUCCCUGAAACCAGAGAGCAUUGCAUUAAUUGUAGUCUGCCUGCUCAUCAUCGUGGAGAAUGCAAUUGUGCUCAUUGCCAUUUGGAAGAACAAAAAGUUCCAUCUUCCCAUGUAUUACCUGCUGGGUAACCUGACUCUGUCAGAUCUGCUGGCUGGUAUCACCUAUAUGGCCAACAUCCUGAUGUCAGGUCACAAUACUUUGAGGUUGACACCUUUGCUAUGGUUCCUCAGGGAAGGAGGGGUCUUCAUCACUCUGACUGCUUCUGUCAUCAGCCUGCUGGCCAUUGCAAUUGAACGCCACGUCACCAUGGUUACAAUGCGUCCUUAUCAUGGUGCAAAGCGGGGAAGGAUGAUGGCACUAAUUGGAGGAAGUUGGGCUCUGUCUGCGUUUCUGGGGGUCCUCCCGAUCUUGGGUUGGAAUUGUAUACGCCGUUUGGACCAGUGCUCAACGGUGCUCCCACUUUAUGCCAAAAGCUACAUUCUGUUUAGCGUGUCUGUGUUCAGCGCAGUGCUUUUGGCCAUCGUGGUGCUCUACGUCCGUGUUUUCCGCAUCGUCCGCACCAACACAAGACGACAGCAGCUGUGUCUGAAGGCCAGCAUGAGGAACAGCCUUGCUAGGGUGACGCAGAAGUACAUCGCCCUCCUCAAGACUGUCACCAUUGUGGUUGGUGUCUUCAUUGCUUGCUGGUGUCCCCUUUUCAUUCUCCUUCUCUUGGACUUUUUCUGCCCCACAGGCCAAUGUAAACUGUUAAAAAAGGCAGACUACUUCUUGGGAGUAGCAAUCCUCAAUUCAUUCAUCAACCCAAUCAUCUAUACUCUGACCAGCAAGGACAUGCGAAGAGCCAUUCUUAGGCUACUCUGUAAGUCAUGUCUGAUGACCUCAGAUGGGCAGGUGAAGAGAAUGGGGAUGCCGUUUUUAGAGUGCAGUUUUAGUAAAACCGAGGUGCCUUCUCAAAAACUAGAACAUGGACUAGACACGACCAUUUCCUCGGGGAACGCAAUCAGCACUCCAUCCACAAUUAAAGCCCUUUAUCCCAAACUUUUCAAGUCGUGAGACUCUCAGAUCAAGUGUCCAAAAGACUAUGAAAGCAUCUUUCACUGCACAACGGAGAUCUUCUAAAGAAAGAAACAGCUGUGGGGCAAAUUUGAAAGCUAAUUAAGCUGUUGGCAUGAACUGCAGUAGAGGCACAAAGGGACAUGUUAAGACCUCUGAGCAGACUUCAUUUAAAAAAGACUGAAAAGAUGAUAUUGCUGUCUAAACAAUUUGAAAAGUUGAUCGACGGUGACUGGUAGUAACACAUCUCUUGAUGUCUUAAUGUGGUUAGGAUGGUGGUAUGAGUUAAAAAUAAACUAACAAAGCCUGAUUUACAGCACCUUUAAGACUAUCUUUGGACUGGAAGUAUCAUCUAAAAUGUCCCUUUUUUCCAAUAUAUAUUUCUGUGCUAGAUUAAAACAAUAAUGACCAACCUUUUGAGACCUAAACAGAAGAAGACCGUGGACAUACGAUGUUUGGAGGGUAACAAGUCUUGUGUUAUUAAUUAAAAAAGGUUCAGUAGAUUAGUACAAAUAAGAAAAAGAACAGAACAUGUUUUUUUUUCUUUUGGUUUUGAAGUGUUUUUAAUACAGCACUUGUUAUCUGUGAUGCAUGCCUUUGCAGAUGUUUGGAUUUUGCUGGUUCGAAAUCCCAAGGCGCAUCAGUUUUGUUCAGAUAUGCUCAUUUCGCCCCCUCCUACACUGUUUGUGUUGCAAAUGAGUUGAGAGUAGACUGGCAGAAAGCAGGAAAGUUGCAUCUCACUGCAUCAAAAAACACACCUCAGCGUGAAAGUUGUGGUAUCGCUGUGGGAGUGAAGGUGCGAACCAAAACACCCCCACAUGCACUUUAGAAAUGACUGAGUGCUGAAGCAGUUCUACUGGAAAUAGGUGGUCUUUGGUGUCCGGUUCCUGAAAAAUGCUUAUUAUACACCUGCAGUUAAACUGCUACACGUACAGAAUAAAAGAAAAUGGCAAAAUGUCAACACACCUGUGCUCUGACGAGUGUGCACUUGUAAAAAUAUUAUUACUUCUUUCUGUUGCAACAUGGUGAUAAGUCUAACUGUGACUGCUCUUGAAUUAGCUGGAUGGUGAGUGAGCACAUUAGGAUCUGUAAUGGUUUCUCUUACAGUCAGAUCUCUUAUCUGUUCGCCUAAAGCUUUUCUGCUUCUAAGGGAGGAACUCAUCUUCGGGCUAAAACUAGCCACAGAGCCGAGGACGUUUUUGUAAUUUUCAACAACAGAACGAGGUGUUACUUUCUACAGUAAUGUGUGUAGUAGACGUUCUGACCUUUUUGUAACAUCUGUACUAUAAAUUAUAUCAUUUUUGUUACAUUCUAAAGCAAGCAUAUCCUUUCUUUUCAUAAAAGAAAUAAAUAAAUAAAUAAAAAAAACAUUUUAAA